AGCCGCGCCGCCCCCUCGCGCGACGGUCCGUGGCUCCGCGAUGCUGCGCCGAGGCGCGCCGCCGCGAUGCUGAGCCUCGCCUCCGGCGAGGGCGGCGGCGCCGACGGGCAGCGGCUCGUCAGUCCCACGAGGAGCGUCGGCGCCCAUGCUUCGAGUCGGGACGCCAGCCCGCGCGGCGGCGGGCCGGGCAGCGAGGGCCGGGGGCCGAGGCCGAGGCCUGGCCCGAGGAGAGAUGCGCGAGUUCGUGUUUGCCAGCGAGGCGGACCUCUACGGCUUCGCCACCGUGGGUGCCAAGGUCUGCCAGGUGGUGUGCGGCUCGCCCGCGCACCGCCUCGGCGUGACGCCCGGCUGGCACGUGGCGGCCGUGGACGGCCGGGCGCUGCCCGGCGCGCUCAUGCCGAGCCUCCAGCGCGGCGCGCCCCUGGUGACCACCGCGGAGCUGCGCGCCCUGCUGGGCUCGCGGCGCGCGGCCGCCUGCCGCUCCGGCGCGCCGGUGAGGCUCACGUUCUGGACCACUACCGCGCCCGACCCGGAGGCCUCUCCGCGGAGCGGGCACCCGCAGCUGCGCGAGCCCACCGCCGAGGAGCUGGUGCGAGUGCUGGCGCAGCGCUUCGGCACGCUGGAGAGGGCGUGGAGCGAGGGCCUGGACCCCGACCAAUGCGGAGCCCCUAACCUACCAGGAGUUUCUGGCGGGCUGCCGACGCCACGGCAUCCGCGGCGACCUCAAAGGCGCGGGGGGCUCCGCCGUGCCCGAGCGGCUCCGCCCGCCGGCCGGGCCCUUCCGCCCGCCCGGCGCCAGGCGGACCACACGGUCGGCCGCUGCGCCGUCUGCACGCUGCCGAACCCGUGCCCGAAGCACGGCAAGGAGGAGCAGCAGGACGCGCUGGACAAGUUCAGGGGCCGCCGGCGGCCGCCCGCGCGCGCCGACGCGGACGGCGCGUGAGCCGCCCGUGGCUCCGUCGGCCGCACGCGAGGGCGACCUUUCGAGUCAGCACCCGCUUUCCCGCAGGCAUCGCUCCGGCUCGUGGCGCCCCUCUGAGCAGCAGCCCCCUCCCCCUCUGUACCCCCUCGUGCGCGCCGCCCUCCACUCGUCGGCGCGCGGAGAGAGGCCGAAGAGCGGCCCGCGCCGAAACGCGCGCGCGCGCGCGCUGCGGCCCCAGCAGGCAGCGGCACGCGGCCUCUCGCAGGGCGG